AUGGGUAAAAAUUCUCGUGAUGUUAUUCAGGCGUCGAAUGUCUAUUUAUUUAAAAAUGGUUACGGUAUGGUUGUAAAGACAUUUGAUUUGCCACCAAAUGGAAAUGAUAGAAAAGCAUUGGAAAUAGUCGAUCCACCAUUGACACCUGUUCACGGCACGUUUUGGAUACAAACAACACCUAACGUAUCGGUGUAUUCAAUUCGUACAAAAAAGACACGCAAAUUAGCGGAUGAGAAGUGUGUCAAUAUCGAAGAAUUAGUGCAGGCAAAUAUUGGAGAAAAGGUUGAAUUAUUAACAACUGGUCUCGAAUCAACAGUAACACCUCAAUGGAUAACUGGUACAAUAAAAUUUACUCAAAAACAUGAUGAACACGUGACACAGACAAUUAGUAGUCUAUCUGGACAGACAACAGCACUAUCAGCAAAUGGUCAUUUGGUAUUUUUUGAAGGUGCUGGUGAUCGAGCGCUUAUGGCUGUGCCAAUGUCCUCUAUCCUUUCUAUUCGCUCACCUAAUCUAAAAACAAACUAUCAGCGAAAAAGAUAG